CCUCCCUCGCGCUGCUCUCCCUCCCUCCUUGUACGCCCCCGCCAACCUCCCACCACCGUACGCCGGCACUCGCAUUGCUCGAGCUCCACGCACGAGCGCCCGCCAUUAACCAUCCAUGCUUCACUUCGCUCUGUAAUUUCUCUGCAAGAUCGAGGCAGAGCGCACGCAGCAAAGCGAAGCGCGGGAGUGUGUACUAACUCUGGCCGCGGCGCUGCUGCCGGGUACCGAGAUGAGUACGCUACCAAGGGUGUGGCAGAUCGCGGCGGCGUGGGAGCAGGUCCGCGGCCCGGUGAUCGUGCCGCUGCUGCGCGUGUCCGUGCUGCUCUGCCUCGCCAUGUCCGCGAUGCUGUUCGCGGAGAAGGUGUACAUGGCCGUGGUCGUGCUCGCGGUGCGGCUGCUCGGCCGCCGCCCCGAGCAGCAGUACCGGUGGGAGCCCGUGGGCGACGGCAACGACCCCGAGCUCGGCAGCGCCGCCUACCCCAUGGUCCUCGUCCAGAUCCCCAUGUACAACGAGCGCGAGGUGUACCAGCUGUCGAUCGGGGCGGCGUGCGGGCUCUCCUGGCCAUCCGAUCGGAUCAUCGUCCAGGUGCUCGACGACUCCACAGACCCUGUCAUCAAGGAGCUGGUGCAGGUGGAGUGCCGGCGCUGGGCGAGGAAGGGCGUGAACAUCAAGUACGAGAUCCGGGACAACCGGCGCGGGUACAAGGCCGGCGCGCUCAAGGAAGGCAUGAAGCACGGCUACGUCAAAGACUGCGACUUGGUGGCCAUCUUCGACGCCGACUUCCAGCCGGAGCCCGACUUCCUGUCGCGCUCCGUCCCCUUCCUCGUCCACAACCCCGACAUCGCCCUCGUCCAGGCCCGUUGGAAAUUCGUGAAUGCAGAUGAAUGCUUGAUGACAAGGAUGCAGGAGAUGUCCUUGGACUAUCACUUUAAGGUGGAGCAAGAAGUGGGCUCCUCGACCUAUGCCUUCUUUGGAUUCAAUGGAACCGCUGGUGUGUGGCGCAUAUCUGCUCUGAAUGAGGCAGGUGGCUGGAAGGACCGAACUACGGUCGAAGACAUGGACCUGGCAGUCCGAGCAAGCCUCAAGGGAUGGAAGUUUGUAUACAUUGGUGAUCUCAAGGUAAAAAAUGAGCUCCCAAGUACAUUCAAAGCAUUUCGGUACCAGCAACAUAGAUGGUCGUGCGGGCCUGCAAAUCUGUUCAGGAAAAUGGUGAUGGAGAUCGUCAGAAAUAAGAAAGUGACGCUUUGGAAGAAAAUACAUGUCAUCUACAACUUCUUCUUGGUGCGCAAGGUUGUAGCGCACAUUGUGACCUUUGUGUUCUACUGCGUUGUUGAAAGGAUCGAUAUGGUUGACUAGAGGGGGGGGUGAAUAGG